CAGUGGACUAAAUAUCCAGACAAACAAAAGUCCAAGAUGGCGUCCUCCAUGGGUGGAAUGUUCCCGGGACAGCAGCAGCAGCCUCCCGGCGCUCAUCCGCCUCCUCCCGGUCCCGGAGCUCCGGGAAGCAGAGCUUCGGGUAACACUUUAGUCGAUGACCUGGAAGCUUCUUUUGAAGCAUGUUUUGCAUCUUUAGUCAGCCAAGACUAUGUGAACGGGACAGACCAAGAGGAAAUCAGAACAGGGGUUGACCAGUGCAUUCAGAGGUUUCUUGAUGUAGCCAGACAGACCGAAUGCUUUUUUCUUCAAAAGAGGCUACAGCUGUCAGUCCAGAAACCAGAGCAGGUGGAGAAAGAGGACAUAUCGGAGCUGAGGAACGAGCUCCAGAGGAAGGAAAUGCUGAUCCAGAAACACCUGACCAAGAUCCAUCACUGGCAGCAGGUGCUGGAGGACAUUAACGUCCAGCACAAAAAGCCUACAGAGCUACCACAGGGGCCGCUGGCCUUUUUAGAGCAAGCUUCAGCCAACCUGCCUGCGCCCAUGAAACCCAACUGAGCAGUGCUUCUGAUAGUGUGUGUGUGUGUGUAUGAUUAUUGGAGUAUUUUAAUAUUUAAUGUUUUGACGCAACAUUGGCCUGUAUUAAUCCAGUGCUCUGGUCAGACUGUUAUCAUUCACAAUCUGGAUAGUCAUUAAAACCUCAAAAUGAGGGAAAUGUGGAGUCAAGAUUCUGAUAAAUACAUAUACAAUACUAAACAUCAAGAGGGUUAAAGUUUAAAAGAGGCAAGUCUGUGAGUGUUUUUUUUUGUGUGUGUGUGUGUGGAAGCUUAUCUUUUUUUGUAUUGUGUGUAGAAUAAAUGUCUACAUUUUGUA